AAAUGGUACCCACGGCUUCAAACUUUAGUCUUUAGAUUGAGACUUGAGACUGAACAUUGAUCCUUCUUGGUACCCUCGGCUUGAAAAUAUCUAGACAUAUGGAUCAUGUUUGGUUUCUUGUGUCAGUUUUUAGACAAAAAUCAAGUUACCCACGGCUUAAAAAAGUCUUUACACAGAGACUUGAGGUUCAAUAUAACCAAUUCUUUAGACAAAAGAUUGGAUUGGGUUAUGUUUGGUGGAUGGUAAAUGGUACCCACGGCUUCAAACUUUAGUCUUUAGAUUGAGACUUGAGACUGAACAUUGAUCCUUCUUGGUACCCUCGGCUUGAAAAUAUCUAGACAUAUGGAUCAUGUUCGGUUUCUUGUUUCACUUUUUAGACAAUGAUCAAGUUACUCACGGCUUAAAACAGUCUUUAGACAGAGACAUGGGGUUCGAAGUAACCAAUCCUUUAAACAAAAAAUUGGAUUGGGUUAUGUUUGGUGGAAAGAAGAUGGUACCCACGGCUUCCAACUUAGUCUUUAGACUGAGACUAGAGACUGAACAUUGA